GUCACUGCCGCCCUCUGCGGGGCGCGGGGGGGGGCGGCGGCGGCGGUGCUGAGGCGGCGGGCGGCGGAGAUGUUCCAGACGCUGUGCAGUUAUUUCUGGUGGGAGCGGCUCUGGCUGCCUGCAAACCUCACCUGGGCCGAUUUGGAGGACCGCGAUGGGCGCGUUUACGCCAAAGCCUCCGACCUCUACAUCACCAUCCCCAUGGCCUUCCUCUUCCUCAUCGUGCGGCACCUCUUUGAGACGUACGUGGCCACCCCACUGGCCGGGCUGCUGGGUGUGAAGGAACGCGUCCGGCUGAGAGCCGCCCCAAACGCGGUGCUGGAGAAGUUCUACGCCGCCACCUCCAAGCAGCCCAAACAGGCUGAUGUGGAGAUGCUGUCGAGGAAGAGCGGCUGCUCCGUGCGCCAGGUGGAGCGUUGGUUCCGCCGCCGCCGCAACCAGGACCGGCCCAGCCUGCUCAAGAAGUUCCGGGAGGCGAGUUGGCGAUUCACGUUUUACCUUCUUGCUUUCAUUGCUGGCAUGGCUGUCAUAGUGGAUAAGCCGUGGUUCUACGACCUCCGGGAGGUGUGGAAGGGGUACCCCAUCCAGAGCAUCCUGCCCUCCCAGUACUGGUACUACAUGAUCGAACUCUCCUUCUAUUGGUCGCUGCUCUUCAGCAUCGCUUCUGAUGUCAAGCGCAAGGACUUCAAGGAGCAAAUCAUCCACCACGUGGCCACCAUCAUCCUCAUCAGCUUCUCCUGGUUUGCCAACUACGUCCGUGCCGGGACGCUCAUCAUGGCCCUGCACGACUCCUCUGAUUACCUGCUGGAG